ACUGAAGAACUUACCGUUCACUUUUACUAAGCUUAAAGAACUUGCAGCUUUGUGGCUGUCUGACAACCAGUCUAAGGCCCUUAUCCCUUUACAAACCGAGGCUCAUCCAGAAACAAAGCAAAGAGUACUGACUAACUAUAUGUUUCCCCAGCAACCCCGUGGUGAUGAAGAUUUCCAGUCGGACAGUGAUAGUUUUAACCCUACUUUGUGGGAGGAGCAACGGCAGCAGCGUAUGACUGUAGCCUUUGAAUUUGAAGAAAAAAAGGAAGAGGAAGACAAUGCAGGGAAAGUUAAGGUUGAAAUAAAUCUAAAACGUUAUCCAACCCCAUACCCAGAAGAUUUAAAGAAUAUGGUAAAAUCAGUUCAAAAUAUGGUGGGCAAAACAAGUCAUGGAGUACGGCCUGAAAACUCGACACCAACUACCAACCCUGAGCAAAGCAUGAAAGAAAAAUAUGAGCACAAGUGGCCCAUGGCAACAAAGGAGAUUUCAGUGGAGGAUUCGUUUGGACACCCUAAUGAUAUGAGGAUAGGGGAACUUCGCCCUUCAAUUGCUGAGACUCCUUUGUACCAACCUAAACUUGUUCUUCUCGGUAAAGAAAAAAAAGAAUCAACAGAUGAGUCUGAAGCAGAUAAGAUCCAUUGUCUGAAUAACAGCGUUUCCUCAGGCACUUACUCAGACUAUUCGCCAUCCCAGGCUUCCUCAGGGUCCUCUAAUGCUCGUGUUAAAAUGGGAUCCUUGCAGUCAACAGCUAAAGAGACAGUGAAUAAUGCUUUGUGGAGUAACAGACUUGCACAGUCGUUUCCACAGCCUCUUGAAACAAAGCCAUUACUCAGCCAGCGAGAGUCUGCUCCAGCAGGAAACCUGCAGCAACGCAAUGAUCGGCGACCAAUGAGUGACACAUUCCCUGAUAGCUGGAAUGAUGGUUCACAUUAUGACAACACAGGGUUUGUUGCAGAGGAGAGCACAAUGGAAAAUUCUGGCACUAACCCUCUCUUAAGCUCUAAAUCUAGAAGCACAUCUGCUCAUGGACGCAGGCCUUUAAUUAGACAGGACAGGAUAGUUGGCAUUCCCCUGGAACUUGAACAACCUACACUCAGAAACACACCUGACUCAGAAGUGCCUCCUCCCAAUCCUUGGCAAAAUUGGACCAGAACUCCUAGUCCUUUUGAAGACAGGACAGCUUUUCCUUCUAAAUUGGAGAGCACCCCCACCACCAGCCCUUUGCCUGAAAGGAAAGAUCACAUUAAAGAAUCUCCUGAAAUAACUAGCACUUUUUCUCCAGGAAUACCAUGGGAAUAUCACGAUUCAAAUGCUAACAGAAGUCUUAGUAAUGUCUUUUCACAUAUUCAUUGUCGUCCAGAGCCUUCUAAAAGCAUUAUUUCAAUCAGCAAGAGUACAGAGAGGCUUUCUCCAAUGAUGAGAGAAUUAAAAACUAAUAAAUUUAAGAAGUCACAGAGUAUUGAUGAGAUAGACAUUGGUGCAUAUAAAGUUUAUAAUAUACCAUUAGAGAACUAUGCAUCCAGUAAUGAUGCUACCGGCAUGCAUGAAAGACCAGACAAAAUGAUAGGACAGGAACAUGGUAUGUCUAGUAUGUCUCGUAGCCAGUCGGUACCAAUGCUAGAUGAUGAGUUGCUGAAUUAUGGAAGUGUGAAGGUACAGCAGCAGCAAAAGCCUUCUGUGACAAAAAAAGUGUAUCAGUUUGACCAAAGCUUCAAUCCUCAAGGAGCCGUGGAAGUUAAAGCAGAAAAGAGGCUACCACCACCAUUUCAACACAAUCCUGAAUAUGUUCCCCAGCAAAGUAAAAACAUUACCCAGGAUUUGAUUAGUCCGAGAGCUUAUAGAGGAUACCCCCCCAUGGAGCACAUGUUUUCAUUCUCCCAGCCUUCAGUUAAUGAGGAGGUUGUGAACGCUCAGUUCUCAAGCCAGGGGUCAAGGUCAGGAUUUUUGAGAAGAGCAGAUUCAUUGGCAAGUUCCACUGAAAUGUCAAUGUUUAGAAGAGUCAGUGAACCUCAUGAACUGCCUCAGAGUGAUAGGUAUAGCAGACCUCAGUAUAGAGGAGCUAUGGAACGCCAAAGCAGCAUCUCAGUGUCUGAAUCUCAGUUCCUCAAAAGGAAUGGCAGGUAUGAAGAUGAACACCCUUCAUAUCAAGAAGUGAAAGCCCAGUCUGGAAGUUUUCCAGUUAAAAACCUUACCCAAAGGAGGCCAUUGUCUGCAAGAAGCUACAGUACAGAGAGUUAUGGUACAUCCCAAACCAGGCCAGUUUCAGCUAGGCCUACAAUGGCAGCUCUAUUGGAAAAGAUACCAUCUGACUAUAACUUGGGUAACUAUGGUGACAAGCCGUCAGAUAACAGUGAUAUAAAGACAAGGCCCACCCCUGUGAAGGGAAAUGAGAGCUGUGCUAAAAUGCCUGCUGACUGGAGACAACAGCUACUUAGACAUAUAGAAGCUAGAAGGUUAGACAGGACCGCUGCUUACAAACACAACACUGUUAACCUUGGCAUGCUGCACUCUGGAGGUUUGUCAGCAAUGCAUGCAGGCAGAAGCAUGACUUUAAACUUGCAGACUAAAUCUAAAUUUGAAAACCAAAUGCAUCAAGAGCUACCUCUACCGAAAACCCCAUCGCAGCAAAGCAACAUCCUAGACAAUGGACAAGAAGAUAUUUCUGCUAGUAGCCAAUGGAAUCCGUACCCACUUGGAAGACGGGAUGUGCCACCAGAAACUAUCACUAAAAAAGCAGGUAGCCAUAUCCAGACUUUGAUGGGAUCACAAAGUCUACAGCAUCGGAGCCGAGAGCAGCAGUAUGAGGGAAACAUGAAUAAAGUGACUAUUCAGCAGUUUCAGCCACCACUGCCUAUUCAAAUCCCUUCUUCACAGAGCUCUCGGGCACCUCAGGCAGGACGGUGCUUAAUCCAAACCAAGGGGCAAAGAAGUACAGAUGGUUAUCAGGAACAGUUUUGUGUGAGAAUAGAAAAGAAUCCUGGCCUGGGAUUUAGUAUAAGUGGUGGAAUAAGUGGACAAGGAAAUCCAUUCAAACCUUCUGACAAGGGUAUCUUUGUUACUAGGGUUCAGCCUGAUGGACCAGCAUCCAACCUGCUACAGCCUGGUGAUAAGAUCCUUAAGGCGAAUGGACACAGUUUUGUACAUAUGGAACACGAGAAAGCAGUAUUACUACUGAAGAGUUUCCAGAAUACAGUAGACCUAGUUAUUCAACGUGAGCUUACUGUCUAAAUAUUUUUUAUAAAUAGUAAACAUAUGUCUAGCCAGACCUAAUGUUCAAACAGAAAUUUAUACAUAGGAAACAAAUUUUGCCAAUUGCUGGACCAAUGGCAA